AUGAUUUCAGAAGAAAAUGGGGCUGUUGGUUCAGAAUCGAAGAAAUCGGGGAGUUUUGCUGAGGAGGUAUAUAAUCCGAGUGAUUACAUUGUGUCAACAGGUCAAGCUAGGCCGAAUUUGGAAUUACCGACAGGGGGAGAAAUUUGUGUACUACGAGGGGAUGACUCUAAUCAGAGGAUAGACGACUUAGCAGCUUUGGAAGAGGACAUGGCUAACCUUCAGUUUUUCAAAAGACAAGGCUCAGCAGUCAACUGGUUUGGUUUUAAUGAGUCAACAGAGGUUACGGGGUGGCUUGAUGACCAACCCGAUGUUGUUGAGGAAUCUCAGUCAAGACAGGGCUUGUUAAGGACAAGGACAUCAGUUGUGCCAGAAGGGUUGAGGACCAAAAUGCAUCGCCAAAGAGCGCAAGAAGGGAUCGAAGAUUCCGAGAGACUUAGAAAAGCUAAAGCCCCUGUGGGGACUGAAAGUGUUGUGUGCACAAGAACAGAGGGUGCUGCGAAUGCGUGGAUAGAAGAUACUUUUCUACUAAAUCUUAACGAUUCUCAAUUCAAUUUAGUUCACAAUUGGCUAAAUUUGGAUUUUGAUUUACGAUAUGAUUCUCAAUAUGCCAACUAUGUGCAGGCUGAGACUGAAAGAGAAGUUGGAUAUAACAAGGGAGUUUCAGAUAAGCAAAUUCGCUUAAAGAUUUCAUCUCCAAAUGUUCUUAAUAUCACUCUUGUUGAUCUACCUGGGAUCACUAAGGUUCCUGUGGGAGAUCAACCUAGUGAUAUAGAAGCAAGGAUUAGGAAGAUGAUGAUGUCUUAUAUAAAGCAAGAAGCCUGCAUCAUAUUGGCAGUUAGUCCGGCAAAUUCUGAUCUGGCAACAUCUGAUGCACUGCAGAUGGCUAAAGAGGCCGAUCCAACUGGUUCCCGGACUAUUGGCGUAAUUACAAAGCUAGACAUAAUGGACAGGGGAACUAAUGCCCGCAACUUUCUGCUUGGAAAAGUUGUUCCACUUCGCCUAGGUUACAUUGGCGUUGUGAAUCGCAGUCAGGAGGACAUAAAUAAGAACCGUAGCAUUGCAGAAGCACUUGCAUAUGAGGAACAGUUCUUCCAGGAUAAUCCUAUAUAUAAUGGUCUCUCUGAUCGUUGUGGCAUCCCCCAGCUAGCGAAGAAGUUGAAUCUGAUUCUAGAACAGCACAUUAGAACUGUUCUCCCUGGUUUGAAGGCAGAGCUAAAUUCUUAUUUGCUCACUGUUGUCAAGGAGCUACGUACAUAUGGGGAAGCUAUGGAAUCGAAAGCUGAGCAAGGAGCAAUUCUGUUGAAUAUUCUGUCAAAAUACUGUGAAGCUUUUUCUGCAAUGGUGGAUGGUAAAAGUCAAGAAAUGUCAACCAAAGAGUUGUCGGGGGGAGCCAGAAUCCACUACAUUUUUCAGUCAAUUUUUGUGAAGAGCUUGGAGGAAGUGAAUCCUUGUGAAGAUUUUUCUGAUGAGGACAUUAGAACGGCUAUCCAAAAUGCUACUGGUCCUAGAAAUGCUUUGUUUGUUCCAGAGGUCCCAUUUCAAGUUUUGGUUAGAAGACAAAUUGCUCGAUUGUUAGAUCCUAGCCUUCAGUGUUUACGACUUGUCUAUGAUGAACUAAUAAAGAUGAGCCGUGCUUGUGAGGCAAUGGAGAUACGAAGAUUUCCACUAUUACGAAGGCGUUUGGACGAAGUCAUGGGGAAGUUUUUGCGUGAUAGUGUAAAACCUGCUGAAAGAAUGAUAGGAAACAUUAUUGAGAUAGAG